ACUCUUAUAAAUAAGUACACCACUGAAGCAGUGUUCAUUCAUAUUUUAACUCCUUAAAUUUCUUCUCUCCAUUAGAACCUUUGAGUUUAGCAAUGGCACAUUUGGCUCGCACUACUUGCUUUCUUUUUGUAGUACUGCUCCUGUCAUGUGAACUACUUUGCAUAGAAGGAAGGAGUUUGAAACCAACCAGAACCACCAAGUCACCAAAAUCUGUCUCCGCCGUCAAGGCAAUGAGCACUGCCGUUAACACUACAAAAGGUGUUGUUGCAAAGGCAAGCCAGUUAGAGAGUAUAGCUAAGAGUUUGAAUGGAUAUGUUGAAGCUUUUCGACCCACUACUCCCGGCCAUAGCCCUGGUGUUGGUCAUUCUAUUAACAACUAACCAAUAACUAACAUGCAAAUGCAACGGUAAUGUAUGGUGCAAUCCUUAUAAUGCUAUUUCAUUUUAAUGUUAGUUAGCUAGGCAUAUUCUGUGGUCGCAGUAAUCCAUAUACCUUCUAAGUUUAAUUAGCUUCUUAUAUUAUGCAUGUUUGUAUUAAUGCAGUUUGUAAUAAGCUUUCUCCAUGCUGGAGAUGAUCAAAAUUGAUAUUCUUACGUGUUCUAAAAAGUCAUGUUUGUCUACCUGUUUUUC